CAGAGGGUGUGCGACUCACCCCCUCCUCCAGAAGCUGUUGACUGACUGACUGAUUACUGCCUGAGCAAUUACUUUGAGUCACUUUCACCAGCAACAAAGCAGCACUAGCAGCGGCAGUACUGACGUAAACCUUGCAAUGCACAGCGCAUUACAGAACAAGGCAUCGGGAUAAACUGAAGAAUAACAACACGGGGAUGGGAAAUGACUGCUUCGGAAGAGUGAGGAUCUCGGUGAGGGGCAUCACUAUGGUUCAAGUGCUUUAAUCUGAGGCCAUGAAGAACAGUUACGCUCUGAAAUGCAAUGAAUUCUGAAAUAAUUGUUAUGACAAGAGCUGCUGCAGGGCGCCGCAUUGCUUGGCCGCUUGUUGGUUCGUUGUGAACGUGCAAAAAUAAAAGAAAAAUGACUCAUUUACAAGCUGGCUUGUCCCCCGAAACUCUGGAGAAAGCCAAGGUGGAGCUGAAAGAGAACCCAGACACUUUGCACCAGGACAUUCAGGAGGUGAGGGAUAUGAUCAUCACACGUCCAGACAUUGGCUUUCUCAGGACAGACGAUGCCUUCAUCCUGCGAUUCCUCAGAGCGAGGAAAUUUAACCAUUUCGAGGCGUUCAGGUUACUCGCUCAGUAUUUCGAAUACCGCCAGCAGAAUCUGGAUAUGUUUAAAAACUUCAAAGCAACAGACCCGGGCAUUAAACACGCUCUGAAAGAUGGCUUUCCAGGAGUGCUAUCCAAUCUGGACCACUAUGGCAAGAAAAUCUUGGUUCUCUUUGCUGCAAACUGGGACCAGAGCAGGUAUACAUUUGUAGAUAUUUUGCGGGCCAUCCUUUUAUCUCUGGAAGCCAUGAUUGAAGAUCCAGAGCUGCAGGUAAACGGAUUUGUUUUGAUCAUAGACUGGAGCAACUUCACCUUCAAGCAAGCCUCAAAACUAACGCCAAGCAUGCUGCGCCUAGCCAUAGAAGGCCUUCAGGAUAGCUUCCCUGCUCGAUUCGGGGGAAUUCAUUUUGUUAAUCAGCCCUGGUACAUCCACGCUCUCUACACCGUCAUACGGCCUUUUCUAAAGGAAAAGAUAAGGAAAAGGAUAUUUAUGCAUGGCAACAAUCUGAACAGCUUGCACCAGCUUAUUCACCCUGAGAUCCUGCCUUCUGAAUUUGGAGGGAUGCUGCCACCGUAUAACAUGGGCACCUGGGCUCGAACGCUUCUGGACCACGAGUAUGACGACGAUCCUGAAUACAACCCAGAAUCUUACAACCUGGCAGUGGAAGAGCUGGAAAAUGAUUUAUCGCCAAAAGCCAUGAAGAGAUCACAGUCAGUGGUGGAACCUGGAGUCUUAAAGCGUCCAGAUAAGGAAAAAAGUGAAGAGGAAAACUUGCAGCCUUUACUUUCACUUAACUAACCACUUACAUAUGCAACGCUUGUCCCACAAUUGGGGGGUACACAUGGCAUUCCUGAAGAAGCAACAUAAUGGAAAUAAACAAGGGAAGAUAAUGAACGAGCACUGACAGCAGUUUUUGGUAUGGAUGCUGCAAAAAUAAUGUAGACCAUGAUUAUUCUAAACAUAUGGGUGCUGCAAAUGAAUGAAGGAAUCAAUAUUUUGUUGUUACGUGCCAAUAUAAAAUUGUAAAUACACUUGAGUUCUACACUUUUGAUUUCUGAAUCAUUGUAACACUGUCCAGACUGAAUUCGGAAAUGUGUAAUAGUUGUGAAAUAUCCUGUAAGAAAUUGUUGGUUAAAAGAAACAGACACACACACACACACUAAGAGAAAAAAAUGGUCAGGUCACUUUUUUGUUUCUAGUCUCUUUAAUGAUGGGUGCAACUUAAAUAAUAAGAAGGCUUGUACAAGUUGCACUUACAGUGAUGGCAUUGUCAAAAUCAUGUGGAUCUUUUACCAUUAUCACAUUUAGGACUCCAGUAAAAUAUCUGCUAGUAGAAUAUUGUGAAACUUCAUACUGAUGACUGCAGUAUGUAAAGGUGUUUAUUAUCAUUAUGAAUGUUGUACUGCUCCUUCACUGAAGUCUGUGUAGUUUAAACUAAACCCAAGUUUCCAUGUCUUAAAGCAGACUUCCCUUUACGUUGAAAGCCAUGCUAUAUUCAAUUAGGUGUUGGCUGAAUAUUUAUUGUUAAGAACCCGUAUCACAAUGGCAACUUUUAAAAACCAAUAAGUUCACCUACAGUUAUAAUGAAUGCCAGUUCUAUAUUGCUGCCCACAUAAAUAAAUAGUUGUGUUCAGUAAAAAAUCUUCUGUUUCCAAACCAUACAAAAAUCUAAUAUUUUUCAAAUUUGUGAUCCACAAAUACCAGACCUUUAAAGAAAAAAAAAUAGUAAACAACUCUCCUGUAGCCCCCCCACAGUCGUGGAAGUCUUUUUAACAUUUUUUACAGGUAACAUUUUGGAAUAUUAAAAAAGCAUACCAUUCUUUACAUUAUUUUGAAAAGUAUUACCAACUUAAAAAAAAAAAAAUCUAAAGGAGUCAAGGCAUUAUUUUGUGAAUUUCAAACUUGCAACUGCAUGACUUGUACGAGUAUACAGUACAUGGUAUUCUCGGCUAGGGCUGUGGAAAUACUCUUCAGAGUAAUUACCUUUAAGAAUUUGUUUUUGUAAGCAGUUAUUAAAUUAACAAGAAAAGUUGACUUUCCCUUAACUUUACAAUUGAGUACCAAUCAAUGGCAAUUAACAUCUGCAUUCAGUGAUUUAAAAACAGCCUGAAAGCAAAUUCUCCUUCCACAUUAGGCAUUGACAUUCUUAUAUCCAUACAGCUGUACCGAGGCUAUAAACUGUAUUUCUAUGUCGAGAUUCAAUCUGUGUAUCAUUAAACCGUGAUAUUUCCUUGCCCAGUAAUCUGCCUAAUCCCACAGUUCACUGCAGAGAUGAUGUAUUUCCAAGGACACGAGCAAAGAUAAAACUUGAGUGCUUUUAGACAGUUUGAUCAUGACAGGUUGUAUAUUAAAUCUCACUGUCACAUCAUUAUUGCUUAGUACUCAAUAACUGUGCAAACAAAGGCAACCCAAGGGAAUGCUUUUGUUGUGUUGAGUUAAUAACAGAUUUUUUUCCGUUUCAUUAUCACCAACUUAAAACAUCUUGAAGCGAUGUUCUCGGGAAAUCCAUAUCUGCACGCCCAUAAAUCUGUGGGUGAAUCUAUCCAUAAAUCCUCUUAAAUUUAUGAGUAAUAUUAAGGUGAAAAUUCUAUUCUGUAUCUAGAGCUGGUGUCCUAAUAUUUUGAGUAGUAUGUUUGCUACUGAGGGAGUCACUUUUUGUUGUCAUAGUUUAUGAGGGGGUAGAUUUCGAUCGAGCUUAGGGAAUGAGCUUCACAACAUUUAAGUGUGUUAGCAUCAGAUAUUAAAACCAAUAGUAAAAUUAUAUUUUACUUUACAGGAAUUAAUGUACAGUACCUUGCAUCUUAUUUCAAUGUAAGCCAUUACAAGGAACUGCCUCUAUCAAUUUAGUUGUAUUAUUUUUUUGUGUUUUGUUUUUGUUUCCUUCUCACAGAAAAGGUUGUUCAUAUCCUAUUUAGAGGAUAACAUAAUUUACACAUAAUAUUGUUUUAAGUGACCAUUUUCAUAGACAUGUUCAAAAACACUAUCCAUAUAUAUUUCUGUUUAUCUGCCAUUUUGUAUUAUUGUUCAUAAUUACUGAUGUAAAAAAACAAAAAACAAAAGAAGCUGACCUAGUGGGAUUACUGAAUUAUCAAGUCAAUUAUGGAAUUCAAAAAUGUAACCUUUACCACUGUGUGUGGUAACAAUUAAGGUACACUGGAUGUAUAGUUGUGCUGUCUUACAAAAUUAUUGCGUAUCACUAUCUAAACAGAUCAGUCACAGAAUGUAGAUAAUUCAAAACUUUUUUUUUUUUUGGUACAGUACACGUGGCUCACAGUCAAAGUGACAAAUAACUCUUAUCAGCAGAACAGCAGCAAUGAACUGUGCGCUACAGCCAGAUGAGAUGUUAGGUGAUUUGUGUGGGCAGAAUGUUAACUCAAAAGAACAAGAUGUUAUUUUCUAAUGUGAACAGCAAACCGCAGCACUGCUUUUCAAUUGUUUUAGUGCAGCUUUUGGUAUAAUUCAGUGCGUGACUAGCCUGCAAGCCUCAGCUCUUAAAUGCCUAUUAAAUGUUACAAACACUGGCUCUAAAAACUGCUGUGAACUGUGGCGGUUAUUAGUUCUAAAGAAAACUGGAUAAACGUGCUGGAAAUGUGAGCUCUAACUUUGUCAUAGUGUUUAACGUUAAGACACAGAUGGCAUUUUUCAUGCUUUAGGCUGCAAAGGUUACUAUGUUGUAUUAACAUUGUGUUACACCGUAUUUUUGUACAGUAUUAUUGUAUUAUUAAAACAUGCUGUAUUGACUGAUCAAAAAAACAUGAAAUGAAGGUGUUUUCAAUUAUUCAGUGUUAUGAUGUAACUUGCUACCUUUAGACAAUAACAUUGAUCUUUGGGUCUAUUUCGAAUGUUGUAUUCCAAAGGCUUUAUGAUUAAAGAC